GUGUGAUUUUGCCCUAACCCUGGAUGGAGGAGAGGGAUGAUACAGGUGAGAGGAAGCGAAAGAUCUCCAAAGGAAUGUCUCAUCUCAAGAACACCUCCGUGGUUAGUCCCAGCAACAGCAACGAGAGGGAUGCAAAGCGUCCAUGCCGGAGUUUGUCCACGCUUAUGUCCGCUCAAGCUACCGAUGGCUCCGCCGAUAGUAAUGGACGGGACGAAGCCAUGGAAGGCGUGGAAGAAGGCAAAGCUGGAGAGUCUCCGGCUGUGAACGAUCGAAGUCGAGUGCCGGGCUCGCAGCAAGCAUCGCCAGACAAAGACGAGUUUAAGCGAAACUUGAAAGUCCAGGUCACGGAGAUGAAUUCCAAAGUAGAAGAUAUGGAGCGGCAAGUUUCUGAUAUUCUCAGGAUGCGAAGAGCUUCCCUGAAAGAUAGACCGGUUGGAAUUACAGUGACUGACGAUGAUAGAGAAAAGGCAGUCGCGGCCAUUAAGAAGCAGCGAGCUCUAGAGAACGCUCGCCGCGAAGCUCUGCAUACGAAGCGUGCACAGGAUCACUUGAGAAUAUUUAGCAACAUUCUUCGACAGGUUACACAACACAAGUGGGCUUGGCCUUUCAUGCAACCUGUUGAUGUGGAGGGCUUGCAAUUACACGAUUACUACGAUGUAAUUAAACGUCCUAUGGACUUUAGAACUAUUCGAGAAAAGAUGGAAGCCAAAGAUGGGAGUGGAUACCGGAGCGUUCAAGAAAUUGCCGAGGACGUGAGGCUUGUUUUCUCGAACGCGAUGACAUAUAACGAAGUGGGAACCGACGUGUAUGUCAUGGCCAAGACGCUUUCUGAAAAGUUUGAGGAGAAAUAUAAAUUCGUUCUGGAACCAAAGCUUCUAGAAGAGGGUGCUAAACGAAAGCAGGAAAUGGUGGAACUGGAAGUUCACGAAGGCGAAGAGGCUAAAGCCGCAGAGGAAGUUGCGCUUGAUAGAAUGGCUCACGAGAUCUGCAAAAAGCUAAACAAUCUAGAAGACGAGCUCGAGGAGAUUAAAAUCAAUGCUACAUCAAAAUACAGGCCAAUGUCGAUCGAAGAGAAAAGACAACUUGGUCAGAGUCUCGGGCGCUUGCCUCCAACGGGACUGAACCGCGUGAUCCAGAUAAUCGCAAAGAAUAAUCCCAGUUUCAAUGCCGCAGUUGCUGAAGUCGAGGUGGAUAUUGAUGCCCUGGAUACGGGGACGCUGUGGCAGCUGCACUGUUACGUUCAAAUGGUACUGAGCCAGAACAAGCAACAAGUUGAGGGAGCCGAUCAAACCCCGACAACAACGGCAGCAGGAGCAGCAGGAGCAGCAGCAGCAACAGCAGCAGCGGUCAAGAAGAAACCUACACCCGCAAAGUUGCAGAAGUAGCCUAGGACCGGCUCUAGGACAGCGCUCAUGCUUACGCGCGCUCCAUACGAACUAUUCUCUCAUCUUUGUCAAGGGUGCUGGUGCCCUGGUGAUCAGACUCGGUCAUGGUGAGACUGGUCAGUCCACCGGCCAGGCAUAUCCCAUGUGAGUUCCUUGCGUCAUUUAUUUUACAUGCAGGGAACGUACGAUGGUAAGGCAUUUCUUCAGUUGGAAAGAAAGGAAAAACCACCAGGGGCUGUGUAUACUACAAGGCGUUUGCUUGCUAAGUUAUCCCAACUCGUCCUCCGCCCAAGAGUUUGGAGAUAAGCCAAUGAAAGGAAGUGAGCUUCAUCUUCUUCUUUCUCACUCACUUGUUUUCCAUAAAGUCGAGAAGUCGUAUACAGGAAACGUCCAGCCAGCAAAGCUGUGACCACGACCACUGAAGCUCUGGUUGUGAUAUUGCUGAAUCAAUCCUGUGACUGGGAUGUUUGGAUCGAGUGGGGGCGGGAGUUUGUAAUUGCUCCGGGCUUUUCCUUGCAGCUCGGGUACCGCAGAGUACGCAAGCGUUGGUGGGUUGGUUGGAAUCGUCCUGCGAUGGCAGUAGCGAGCGAGCGAUCGAACGAGCGGAGAUGAUGGGAUAAGUGAUGCUCUGGAGGAGUGAGGCAGGAAAUCUAGCAGCGAGCUACAAGCUUCCCCUUUGGCAACGGUUGGAGCGAGUAGAAGAAACGAAAAGAAAUCUCUCGAGCGAAGAUGGCUACCUACAUCACGGCCGUUUCACGGGCAAGCAUGCAAUGGAGCUGCGAUGCGAGGCAAAGCAAAGCAAACGCGUAACGAAAGAAGAAGAAGAAAUAGAAAAAGAGUUUAGUCUAUAACGGAGGUUGAUGCGUGUGUUCUUCUUUGUUCGCCACGGACGGCUGGGAGCGUGGCACGUGGCAGAAACGAACUACUGACGGCCGCCGACGGGCGUGACGUGCUGUGGAUUGAAAA